AUGUCGUUUAAAACCAAAGACGUAGUUCUAUCUGCAGAUCGGCCUAAAAGCCUUUUAAUUCCGAAACAUGCCGAUUACUUAGCCAGCUAUGGAUUAAAUAAAGAUGAUUUUGAAUAUUGCAUGACUGAAUAUCUUAGAAUGUCUGGUAUCUAUUGGAGUUUAACUGCUAUGGAACUGAUGGACCAAACCUCAAGAAUGCCAAAAGAUGACAUCAUACAAUUUAUAACCUCAUGUCAAGAUAAUGAAAGUGGUGGAAUCUCAGCUAGCAAUGGUCAUGAUCCUCACAUGCUAUACACACUUAGUGCAGUACAGGUUUUGGCCAUGUAUGACAGAUUGGAUGCCAUUGAUGUUGAUGGUGUGGUUCGAUAUGUUUCAUCUAUGCAACAAGAAGAUGGUAGCUUUUAUGGUGAUAAAUGGGGAGAGGUUGACACUAGGUUUUCAUUCUGUGCUGUAAUGACUCUUUCACUAUUACAUCGUCUUGAUGCUAUCAAUGUUAAUAAAGCAGUUGACUUUGUACUUAGUUGUAUGAAUUUUGAUGGUGGUUUCGGAUCAAAGCCAGGCUCUGAAAGUCAUGCCGGUUUAAUCUACUGCUGUGUGGGAACGUUAUCUAUAUGUAAUAGAAUGGAUGCUUUAAAAGCUGAUGAAUUAGCAUGGUGGCUAUGUGAACGACAGCUUCCCAGUGGAGGGUUAAAUGGACGUCCUGAAAAGCUUCCUGAUUUAUGCUAUUCUUGGUGGGUUAUGGCAUCUUUAUCAAUGCUAAACAGAAUCCAUUGGGUAGAUAAAGAUAACCUUGAACAAUACAUCUUAGCAUGUCAAGAUGCCGAGAGUGGAGGCUUCAGCGAUAGACCUGGAGACAUACCAGACCCAUUCCAUACAUUAUUCGGAUUGGCAGGGUUGUCGUUACUUGGGAAUUCCAGUAUAAAAAGAGUAAACCCAACAUAUUGCAUGCCUCAAGAAACCAUAGAUAGGCUCAGGCUGGAACCACAGAUUUUACUUAUUUAA